ACUGAAACGUCCUGACCAAGAUGACAUUCAGUAACACACUCCCCAGUGCCAUAGAGACCCUCCUGAGGAAAGCAUCAGUAGUCACUAUUCAAGAUUCAGUAUGCACUGAAAGCAAAUUGGUGAAUCGGAGGCUGAAAGGAUGAACCACAGAAGUAUUUGUUGUACAGAGCAGACCUUCUGCGCUCAAGUAAUGAUAAGGUGAAUCCGGAUCCUUCUUGUUACUCGGCUGGACUGUGGCAGACAGGCACCCAUAUGCCUAAGGGCAUUGGUACCUCUGGUUUAACCCAGAAGCCAGGGUGCCAGGAAGGUCAUUAAAUCCACCCGGGGACUGUUAUUGUUAACUUUAGGUGGGUAUAUUGGAGUCGGGGAUGACUAGAAAAUCCAAAAACAACUUGGUAAGAUAAUGUGGCCCUUUAAAACUUUUAACCCACAACAUUUCUUGAUUGUUUAGUUUACUGUGGCAUACGUUUGUUGUUGUUUUAAAAAAAUCCCUAUACCAGAGUUAAAUAAAACACAUCUCUUCCGAGUGUGUGUGGUUAACUGGCAGACGCCGUGGAGCAGAUCAGAAAGCCCAUGGACAAGAUCAGAAAGCCCAUCGGUGACUUAAAGGCUUCUUCUGGAGCCAGCCUUAACAGUGCCUCUGUACUGGCUGUUAUUGUCUUAAUUGAUUUACACAGCAUUGACAUGAGCUGUGUGCUGAUAGCAUGUCCAUUAGCAUAUCCAUAUGAAAAGCACACAGUAGUUGGACAUUUACAACAUCCUGUUGUUUGGCCAGUAUAGUGCAUCUGUUAGCACAACUUUCUACAGAGUCCUUUAAAGAGCAACGGAAAUCUGGGGAGCAGGGAGGCUGUGGAGCAGCUGGACAGUCGUGUUAAAAUAAAAUACCUGGAGAGUCUAACAAGGAUCAAAGCAUCUGGUCUGAAGCUGCGGUUCUGCACUAACGAAACCCAAGCGACCAGGGAGAAGUUCGUGAAGAAGCUCCAGGGCAUGGGUUUUGACAUCUCCAUGGCCGAAGUCACUGCCCCAGCACCAGCAGCCUGCCGCAUUUUGAAGGAGCGCAGCCUGAGGCCGCACUUGCUUGUGCACAACGAUCUUGUCCCUGAAUUUGCUGAGAUUGAUAAAGCAAACCCAAACUGCGUAGUUAUCGGAGACGCAGCAGAAAACUUCACCUAUGCAAACCUUAAUGAAGCUUUCCGAGUUCUGAUUGGGAUGGAGAAGCCUGUUUUGAUCUCCCUUGGAAGAGGACGCUACUAUAAAGAAACCGAUGGUCUGAAACUUGAUGUUGGAGCAUAUAUGAAAGCAUUAGAGUAUGCUUGUGAUGUUCAAGCUGAGGUAGUGGGAAAACCAGCAAAAAUGUUUUUUGAGUCAGCCUUAGCAGAAAUGGGAGUUCCACCACAACAGGCCAUCAUGAUUGGAGAUGAUAUUGUGAAUGAUGUAGGAGGUGCCCAGCGGUGCGGUAUGAGAGCUCUGCAAGUGCGGACAGGGAAGUACAGGCCUUGCGAUGAAAACCACCCCCACGUGAAGCCUGACGCGUACGUGAACAACCUUGCCGAAGCAGUUGACAUUAUCCUCCAGCAGCUGUAAAACCGACAGCGCUGUGAGUGAUUGGAAGGAAUGAAGAGGAGGCCUCGCAUGCAGCCUCUCCGUGAGGCCGCUUCGUCCUCUCCCACCUCCAUCUGACGUUGACAGACCCAGCCCCAGCCUUGCCUGGGGUGGUGAACGCCUGCGUUCCUAAGUGUUUCAUGUAAUGGCAGUAAAAUGAUCUAUUGGCUU